AAAUUUUUCGUUAAAACUCGAUGUUUGCUAAAAAUUUGUAGUGAUAUGUAUUUCUAAAUAAAAGUAUUUAGUUUCCGUUACUAGGAAACAAUAAUUAGUAUGAAAAAUUCCAAUUGGAUUUUAUAAAAUCAUCAAGAUAAUAUUACGUUUAUUUUGAAAAAUGAAUGGUGAUAAAAGUUCACCAGGAAGUUUAAUUAACUGCUCUGUAGAUAAUGAUGAUGUGGAGUUACAAGAAUUCUUGGAUUUUUUGAAUGUAUCCUGCCAGGUGAACGAUGCGAUUGCUAGAAAAAGUCAACAAAAUUUGGCGACCUCAUUGCCAAAUAAGGUCAAACUGCAACAAGAAAUUGACUUUAAUGAAUUAGCUAAUAAUAGACUUAUAAAUAACUUGUAUGGAUUUAACAGAGAAUCCAAAGAGAAUUUUCAAGAACCUGCCAAGACCACGGUAGAUCCAAUAAAAUCGACUACUUGCAAUACUAGAAAUUCAUCAGUUAACAGUACAGUUCAGAAUAUACGGACUCAACAGCAUGCAAUCCACCAGAGACCAGAUAUUGUUAAAUUGUCCAAUUUGCAUGCAAAAUUAAACGCAAAGCUAGAUUUCGUAAUAAACGAAGGCGUGCUUGAUUCUGUACUUCCAUACAUUUGCCCCGUGCAAGUUCCAAUCGAUUGCAAAAAUCGCAUAAAAACGAAGAAAGACGUAACAAAAUCAAAUAUAGAAAUGCUAAAUGUGACAAAUAGCACUACUAGCAACGUCGCAAGCAGUCAUCCAGAACCAGAGAUCAUAACUGUACCCGUAAUUGUAGAUUCAAAAGAGAGUGAGCAUAUCACCAAAACGGAAACAAUAAAGUCGGAAUCACAGAAGGAGGCUGAAGUGGUUAUCCAUGUGUGUGAUGAAGCAAAGAAAGUGUCUUGUGAUUUUUACUGCCCGAAAAACCUGCUUGUAAGUAAAAUGGGGUAUUUUGCCGAUGUCACGGCAGGGCAAAAAUUAGAAGAAAUGGACAUAUCUGUGCACUGUGAGGUGCAAAUAUUUGAAUGGCUUAUAAAAUGGGUCAAAUACACCAAUGCUAUUGAGCAUGAACAUCCGUCUACCACAUCACUAUUAGAUCCAGGGCCACAAUUAGAUGCGAGCAAUGUUAUUCAAAUAUUGGUAUCCGCGUCCUUUCUGCAGAUGGAACCGUUAAUACAAGAUUGUCUCUCCUAUUGUCAUUCACAUUUAAGUGAAGUAGUGCGUACAGCCAACAAUCUUGCAUGUCUGAACGAUGCGUUAAUCAUACGCUUGGCUGCUAUGUUCACAAAUGAGGAGUUGGAGAAAGUACGAGAUAAAAAGGAGCGAAUAACUCCGAGACUAUGGACCAAAUUUAUACAAAGUCUUUGUGAACCGGAACCUGAGACAUUACGAGGUCACUAUUACAGUUUAUCUGGUUUGUUUCGCUGUUCUAGAUGCGGAAAAUGCCUUACCAAUACUUCGAAAUCCUAUAUAACAUGUCUGCCCUCUAAUAUGCGUUUGAAUCGUUGGGGCCAAUUAGUUAGCUAUCAUGUUCGAGACGCCACUUGGGACAUUAACGCAUAUAUAAUCCAGUUAUUUAAGGAAUUUAAAUCUUGGAGAAAGGUUUACUGGAAGUUAUGGGGUCAUUGUCAUUUUCUAUACUGUUGCAUAUGCGAAAUGUAUUUUCCUGUGUACCAGCUAGCAUGGUGUCGUUAUCAUACGGAAGGUCCAAACUUUUUUGGACCGAUGAGUGAGGGACCUGUAGCAGGACCAGUCGGAAGAUAUCCUUGCUGUUCGCAACAAGCCUUCCGUUUUGAGACCUUACCUGGACCUAAUGGCUGUCAAUUUCGCGAACAUAGCGUUAUUGUGGAAACUGAACGUGAGCGAUCAAUAUUAUCAUUAACUCAAAUCAUUAGUGAUAAUUAUGCGCUCGUCGAAAAUCCUCCAAUCAAGCUUCAAGAGGCUGUAGCUACUGGUGGAAUUGAACCUCGUUGGAUGGGAAUACCGUUGUUGCCACAGCGAUUUCGUCAGGGUCUACUGCCAAUAUUAAAACCGGAAGAGUCUACAGCAAAAUUACAAAGACGUUCCCGUCAACUUAAAUCCUAUUUUGACGCAUCCAGUGUAGAGUCGAGCGAUAGCACCGACUCAGAAGUUCAAAUACAUGAUAACAAAAGUUUUGUUCGGAAUGCUACGUCGUAUUGUGGUUUUGCAUCUAGUAGCGAUGGUUGCGAGUCCGAAUGUCGAAGCACAAAAACCAUGCGUUUCAAGAAGAUGAAAAAAAGAAACAAGGAACUUCGGGGACGUUUUUGGUCCGGUGAUUUAUCUGCUCGCAGCAACCAGGAUCAUCAACGAGAAUUUGAAGAGCGAGUAAUGGCACAAGUUACAAGUCUAAUGUACAAAAAAAGUGCAACGGACCAGACCAUGCAACAAAACUGUUUACCACAAGGUGGAUCCUAUGUCCGUUUAGAGAACGAAUGGAAAGAAAAUAUAAAGCAGCGCACUGUAAAUAAUGUAACUAUUAAUGCAAGUUCUUCAACUGCAUUAUUUAAAUCAAAGAAUAAGUAGUAUUUUUAUAGGCCUAUGACUUUAUUUUUUUUUAUAAUUUCAUUUAAUAAUGCAACAAAACACGUGUGUAACCAAAUUCUAAGUAAAUAAUUAAUUUGUUUAUAAUAACAACAAAUAAAAGACGAUACAUUUUAUGUCGAAUGCAACUGUUCAAA